AUGGCAGAUCUUCAUGAGGGGCUGUCAGGCCUCGAUACUGAGUCGUUGCGGUCUUUUUCGGAAACACUUCCCGAUGAGUAUCAUGAAUGGAUGUCAGAAUCGGGGCGAACCUCACGGUUUCCACUGAUGGAUCGGAUCAGAAAUGAUCAAAUUCUCGACGAUUUCCCCCGUCCCCCAAGUCGAACGAAGGGUCUCGACGUUAUCGCAGAAGAGCAACCGAUGCCAGACCAAACCUUCGAAGAACAGGCUUAUCCCACACCACGGUCUUCGAUCAAGAAUAUGCGGCGCAACGUCACGACAAACGAGCUACCUCUGCUCCAGGAAAUAAAUCCCUUUGAAGGUGCAGAAGAGUUCAACCCUGUCAAUGAAGAGGGCGCUUCGUAUGACUUGAUUGCUCCAUGGGAUGGUGUUGAUGCGCCGCUUCAUAAACUGGAGCGCCUUUCAGAUGUGAUGUUUGGAACAGAGCACAUGCUAUCUAUCCUCAAUAACCCGCGAUACCUCGCCAGAUUCCGAGAAUUCCUUCUCGAAGAGCGACCACGCUCCAUUUCGACUCUCACAUACUAUCUCAAUGCGGCCAAAGCAUUGAAAGCGCUCGAAUACGCCAAUGCUCUGGUCCGCCUAUCAACAGAUGUUCCACCACCAGCUGUUCAAGCAGUUCAAACGGAUAAUGAGGCUGUCGGUAUCACGGCGAAUAAGGUCCUUGAACAACGCGUUGAGGAUGGACUCAAUGCCCUGACAAGCGAAGAGCUUCCCGCGUUCAUUGCAUCGAGGUGCAUUACUAUCACCAGCAAGAUUGUCGAAGAGCGCAUUCGAGGAACACUGCCAAUGAAGUUUAGAGAAACUUCGAACGCACUGGCUGAAGUAUUCUGCUUGACGGAUCCAUCGCGACCCGAUAAUCCGAUCAUCUUCGCGUCGCAAGAAUUUCACCGGACUACGCAAUAUGGAAUGGACUAUGUCCUUGGGCGGAAUUGUCGAUUCCUUCAAGGCCCUAAAACAAAUCCCAAUAGCGUGCGCCGUAUACGAGAAUCGUUGCAAGAAUGUCGACACCACUCAGAGCUAUUCCUGAAUUAUCGCCGCGAUGGCUCCCCAUUCAUGAACCUCCUCCAAUGCGCCCCUCUCUGCGACAGCAGAGGCAGCGUGAAAUACUUCAUCGGCGCCCAAAUCGACGUAUCCGGCCUCGCCCUUGACGGAGCACAAAUAGAAUCUCUCAUUGAACUCCAAUCACGCUACCGCGACCCGGACGAGGAAAGCGUUGCGGAAAUGCCCAUCGCGCCACACAAAGACGAGUUCCGGCAGAUGUGCGAGCUUUUCAGUCCGAAGGAACUUUCUUCCGUACAAGAUCAUGGCGGUGAUCUGUUCCAGCCGUUGAAUACACGCGCAGCUUCUCGCGCGCAGAAACACUGGUUACCGCAUGGUGGUUCGAUGGAUAGUGAGACGGAGGCUAUUCGUCUGCGGGAUAUAAAGUCGCCUCUCUUCCGUGGCUCGUUGACGGGUGUUUAUGAAAAUUACCUUCUCGUCCGACCGUACCCCUCCCUCCGUAUCCUCUUCACCUCCCCAUCGCUCCAGAUCCCGGGCAUGCUACAAUCGUCAUUCUUCUCGCGCAUCGGAAGCUCUUCAGCAGUGAAGGAAGAGCUGAUGGCGGCCAUGCAACAGGGUCAUAGUGUCACGGCCCGGAUCAAAUGGGUCACCAGAUUCAACAGUGAAGGUCGCAGUCGCUGGGUCCAUUGUACUCCGUUAUACGCUAGUAACGGGCAAGUUGGUGUUUGGAUGGUUGUUGUUGUGGACGACGAAGAGGAGCAGAUUCCGCUGAAUUGGCGGAACUAG